GAUUUUUCGACUUGCAGAUGCUUCUGCUCGACUCAGCAUCGAAUUGUUACAAGUGCUGACGAUGACGAAAGUUUUCCUAAAGUGUUUUCUACUAGUGACAGUGCUGGUUUAUAGUGUCGAGUGUCGACCGAAAGAUCAUAACCACGCGUUCGACUACAGAGAAUACACCCUCAAUGCGGUAGAUGGAUUAAAGUCUCAAGACUUGUCAAAGAGUCGGCGUGAAGACGUUGACGAUUUGAGGAAAAGUGUAGUGGAAGCCUUCGAUAAAUGCGAUAAACUCCACGAGUUAACGAACCAAUACUGGGUAUUCAAAAAAUGCUCAGGCGAAACGUUUGGAAAUUAUAUGGAGAAAGUGAAGAAGUUGAAGGAGAAAAUCAAGAAAGAUAAUAAACUCGAUUCUAAUGAAGAUUCCGGUUCUGAUGAAUCUACUGAAGUGAAAGACAAGUCUAAAGAAGAAAGUAAGAACAAAGACAAAGACUCUAAAGAGAAAGAUUCGAAAGAGAAAAAUUCGAAAGACAAAGAUUCGAAAGAGAAGGAAUCGAAGGAAAAGGAAUCAAAGGAAAAGGAAUCAAAGGAAAAAGAGUCGAAAGAAAGGGAUUCGAAGGAAAAAGACUCCAAGGAAAAAGAAUCUCACAAUCACAAUCAUAACCAUAAUCAUAAUCACAAUCAUGAUAAACACACCACAAAAGCACCACGUCCUACUCGACCACCCACAACAAAUCACACAGCUUUACCUGAGCAACCAACCACGCAACAUCCCGGUGCCACUGCUGGUCCCACAGGUUCUCCAGGAGCAACGCAAUCCCCAUCUCAGGCUCCAGGCGAAACAACUGCGAACCCAACAUCUGCUAGCCCUGACGCACCAACCACUCAAGGACCUGUGGUGACUGAUGCCCCAGGAGCAACGCAAUCCCCACUAGGCUCCAGGCGAAACAACUGCGAACCCAACAUCUGCUGGCCACUGAGCACCAACCACUAA